AUGUGGGCAAGAUUCAGAGCUUCAAUCAACAAAGAUGGGAAGGAAUCCAAAGAAGCUCAGAAAAGCCUCAAUGUCAACGAGGAAUACCUUAGCGCCUUAAGAACUAAAUCGUAUGCAGAUUUCUUCAGUAAAGCUCAAUCAUUGGCAAAUGAACCAAAGUCUCCAUCUUAUUGCCAUCACAGAGUCUCCGAUAUCCUCCUCGAACCCGGACAAGAGACCAUAGUCUCUGUUCUUGAAUCAGCUGUACUAAUCUCAAAGAAAUCCGAUCUCAAAGCUCUAAUACUCAACUACUUUGAUAUCAGCGCGGAGGCUUCAAAAAUCUGCAGCCACCUCCUCAGAAGCAUCAUCCAGGUCCAAACUAACUGCAGCUUCAUUCAACAAGCGCUCGACACAAUUGACAGUCCUUCUCCCGAGCAACAUGGAUUGAUCAUUUCCGAGCUAAGGUCUUCCAUUGUCCUCAACAACCCCUUUUCUGAUCUUAACAAACAAGACUUUAAGCUGAUUCACGACAAGUACUCAUCGGUGUUGCAACACCUAAAAUCAAAAAAGAGAAAGGUGGCUCGGAAGAUUAAGUUGAUCAAGUGCUUCAACAAGGCAUCUGGGAUUUGUGUCACCACGGCUUGCGGAUUGGUUGCUGUGGCAGCUAUUGUUCUAGCAGCACGUACGCUCACUGCACUUGUCUUGGGACCGGCCAUCUUGGGCAUACCGGUCAAGCCUUUGAAGAAGCAGCUUCGGAGUCUGCAGUUUCUGAGAUGUGGAUUUCUUAGGAAAGUUGGAGAGCAGCUUGAUGUAGCAGCAAAGGGUACCUACAUUUUGAAUAGGGAUUUUGAUACACUGAGUCGGCUUGUGGCCCGACUUCAGGAUGAGGUUGAGUACAAGAAGGAAAUGAUUCAAAUGUGUUUGGAUAGGAGGGAAGAUAAAUUUUCUAUCCAGGUAUUGAAGGAGCUUAAGAAGAGCAAUGUUGGAUUCAGGAAACAAGUAGAGGAGCUUGAAGAGCAUGUAUAUUUGUGCCUUGUCUCCAUUAAUCGAGCUAGAGCUUUGGUGAUUAAAGAAAUCGCAACAACUUCUGCACAAGAUUUAGAAAAGUAACCACAAUUUAGUGUCUUGUAUAGUACUUAUUGUUUUUCAUUUUUUAAUUGUGAAUAUGUUAAGGUUAUUUUAUUUUUAUAA